AUGAGGAAUAGUAUAGUUCUUUUGCUGAUUUCCAUUUGGUCAAUUUGGUGUCAUUUUACGCUUGCAGCGGUUGUUGGUGUCGAUUAUGGCCAGCAAUUUAUUAAGGCAAUGGUGGUUUCACCAAGAGCCCCCAUGGAAUUGAUCUUUACACCAGAAGCAAAGAGGAAAGAAAUAUCAGGAUUAGCUAUAAAGAGUUUAGGUGGUGACAAGGGGGAAAUUGAAAGAAUUUACGGAUCCGCCCUAGGUUCCAUGGCCACUAGAUUCCCUAAGAAUACUCUUUUGCACGUCAAAUCUCUCCUGGGUAAGACUAUUAAUGAUGAAGGAGAGAUUUCUACCUAUUUGAAUGAGCAUCCAGGUAUUGAUAUUGUUCCUAACAAGAGAAAUUCGUUGUCAUUUGUUGUCGGUGAUGAACAAUACCCAGUGGAGGAAGUAACAGCUAUGAAUUUACAAGAGACCAUAAACAGGGCCAAUUUAUUGCUGAGGGAAAAGGAUCCUAGUGGUAGUGAUUUGGUAGAUAAAUUGGCUCUUACGGUACCAGAAUAUUUUGAUCAAUAUCAACGUAGGGCUCUAUUAGACUCUGGAUCCUUAACUACGGAUGCAUUGGACACAUAUUUAGUUCCAGAUGGAUUAUCCGUGGUAAUCAAUUUCGUAUUAAAGAAAAGAGAUUUCAAAGGUAAAUCUUACUACGUGGUUUACGAUAUGGGUGGUGGCUCCACAAAAGCUUCGUUGUUCUCCAUUGAGCAACCAGAAAAUGAAACAGAACCAUUAAGGAUUGAAUUUGGUGGUUAUGGGUAUGACUCUCAAUUGGGUGGUUCCAACUUCACUUUGCAAGUGGCUAGUUUGAUUGAAAACAAAUUUUUAUCCAAACGUAAAGAUAUUACAGCUGAAAAAUUACAUCGCAACCCUAAGGCAGUGGCAAAAAUUGUACAAGCAGCCGAAAAAGCUAAAUUAAUCCUGAGUGCCAAUUCUGAAGCUUCUAUUAGUAUUGAAUCUGUUUUGGAAGAUGUUGAUUUUAAGACAAAGAUCACUAAGCAAGAAUUUGAGGAUUCAUUGAGUGAUAGUGCUUCUGAAAUCGUGAAACCAAUUAAAGUUGCUUUAGAUGGCCAAUUCUGGGAUGAAAAAAUCGAUCCUAAACAAGUGUCAGGUAUCAUUCUAACUGGUGGAUCUAGUAGGGUUCCUAUCGUACAAUACAAAUUGGCCGAAUAUAUGGGCGAGAACAAAAUACUCAAGAGUGUGAAUGCCGAUGAAGCAGCUGUAGAUGGUGCUACCAUUAGAGGUAUAAAGCUUUUUGAAGCUUUCAGAACCAAACCAUUGAAUAUUACUGAACGUUCCAUUUCUGAUUAUGCCGUGACUUUGAAUCAAAAGGGUGAAAAUGUUGUGGUAUUCCCCAAAGGUACGGUCUUCCCCACUAAGAGGACUUUGGAACUUGGCAAUGCAAAGGAUCUUCCAAAAGAUUUCGAUAUUAAAUUAUGGGAAAAUGGAUUACCAUUUCAAUCUGUGAAGACCAAGACAUCUGGCGCAGACGAUAUCUAUUCACCCGAAAAAUGUCCUAACGGCGUCAUCUAUAACGCUACCUUCUCAAUUUCACAAAACAGAUUAUUCAAUUUGGAUAAAGUUGAGGCUAUCUGCUUGAAGGAUGGGUCCUCUUCCGUAGAAAAACCUCAGAAUGAAACUGGUAAGAAGAGUAAUUUAGGCUCUUCUAAACGUUCAGUGAAAUUGACCAUUUCGAGUGAAGGCUCUAAUAUUAAGGCCAUGUCUUCAGAUGAGCAGUUGAGACUCAGAGAAUAUAUUAGAAUUCUAGAUCAAAAAGAUGCCGCUAGAUUUGAACUUGAAGAAGCAAAGAAUUUGUUAGAAGCUCUCCUAUAUGAUGCUAGAUCUUAUUUGGAAUUGGAAGAGGUUGUAGAAAAAGGACCUCAAAGUUACUUGGGCAAAUUGUCCGAGGCAGUCACCAAACAUUUGUCAUGGCUGGAAGAUGAGGCUGAUGAAACUACUAAAUUGGAAGUCAUUCAAAGAAGCAGCGAAGUGCAACAGCUAAGAGAUAAACUGGAAGCAUAUUUACAGUCACUUUCUGAGCCCCUAGAUUCUAAGCAGUUCCAAAGCAUUCUAAACAAUGCCACCAAGCUUUUAGAGCAAAUUGAUUUAACUCAAAUAAAUCAGCAAGAACAAGUCGCUUCUCUAAAGGAUAAAUUCGAAGAACUGGGACAUAACGUUGAAGAACAGUACGCAAAGAUUAAACUGCCACAUCAUAUUGCUGCACCAUUGAGCAGUUGGAACGAUACCGUUUCUGCAUUCAAGGAAGUGAUUAAAUUAGUUGAAUACGCUAAAUCUAGUGCCUUUAAAAAGAUGGGCAGGGAACAAUUAUUUGAAAUUAAAUCAGCCUUUGACAUCGCAUCCGCUGAACUGGAAUCUAUAAUAGAUUAUUUUGGUAAGGCUCGUGAUUAUCGCCUACAUGAAUUGCAAGCGUGGAUACAGAAGGCUGAGAAGACCAAGAAAAGAAAGGAGGAGAGAUUGAAAAAGAAGAUGGAGGACAAGGAAAAGGAAAAGGAGUCUAAGAGUUCAUCAACUGUUUCAGGUAAUCCAAGUACCGCUGAAAGCGAAUCUUCCACAGUUCCCACUACUACAACAACUGCUUCUGCUUCUGCUUCCACCACGUCCCCACAAAACAAACAAGGGACAAGCUCUUCAACCGCCACGACUCCAUUGCACGAUGAGUUGUGA